UCUUAAUCGACACCAAAUAUGAAAUGUGUUGCUUUCGACUCAUAUACUGGAUAUCAUUAUGUCAAUCAAAAUCAUUAUUAUAAAGUCGCUUAUCAAUAACUAUGGAUGAAAACAAAGUAGCACGUCGAAGUAGCAAAUAUAUUCUGUGCGCACUUGCGUUUUCUUAAUUGGAAAGUUUAAUUAACGCUGUUGUUUAGUUAUUUAUGUAAUCGAAAUCUUUCAAAGUACCACAGGUUGGGAAUCACUGCUUUAACGUUUCAAUCGAAAUUACAUUAAAUAACAUUAAUCUGUAAUCUUUCCAAUUCAGCCAAAAUAAAGAUAAGAUAAAUGUAAAAGUUUAAUAAUAAUAAAAGCUAGAUUAUAAAUUGGGUUGAGCACUUUUUUUUUUUCUUCAACUGACGCUGCUGGUAACCAUAACAACAGUACGUUGUUCAAGCGCUGUCCGUUAUGAGCAUUUUCAGGCAGUAUGUCAAUAAAGAGAGAUAAGUCGGUAACACUUUUAUUAUUGCUUAUCACAAAAACGUUAGUAUAAGUACAGUUACGUUUUUAAGAGUCUUUAUCUGUGUUAAUAGCGCCAAAUUAUAAACUGCGUUGCUGGUGAGUGGUGACAAACUAACAGAUUGCGCCCGGAAAAUACCUUUACACAUUUACUAACAAUCUGUUACACCUUUAAAUUAUUAAUUUAUUGAAGGUAUUUCAUAAUAGUCGACGCUUUUGAAAGGCAUUGUAGCUAUAAUUUGAACACUGUGGGCAGUUAAGUAACGUUAGUAUUAAAUUAAACAUUUCUGCUUUUACAUGGUUUUACUUUGUCUAAGCGUCAGGGUUUCUGUUAUUCUGCCUUUUAUUUUAACCUUGUUUUUAAAAAAUAUGUUAAAUAUGCUCAGUUAAAUACUAAAGUCCUUUUUAUCCUUAACACAGUCCUUUCAAUCUCACAAAAAAACCCGAGUGUAGGCUACUUGAUUCUCUCUGCCUAUCAGUCGCGCUCGCUGUGUGCUCUCUCACCUAACUCCAAGCCAACAUCGGGUUGUCCAAUCAGUGUUGAGAACGGUCUUAUCUUCUGAAUAUUAAUGAAUGUUUCCAACCAAUCACGAUGUGGGAGCGCUGCACAUGAGAGUGUUUAGCUGCGCGUUUUCCAACAGCAGCAUAAAACUGUUUGUGUCUAUUUGAGUUCGCACUGAUGGCGAAGGUGACUUGGUGGUGGUGGGACGUUUUAGUUCGUACAUGCGACUUAAUGGAUACAUAAAAGGAGCUUGUGAGUUUUAAAAGCGCCGUUUGUGGAUUACAUACGCUAUAUAUUAGAUGUAGUGGACCGGUAUGAGUCGUCUUUGUCCUAACGUUCAGUUCGGGACUUGUUAAAUGAAGUGGACAUGGAUAACACCGGUUGUGGAAUACAUGCAGUUUACCAUUUAUUCCUUAUAUGGCUCUCAGUUUGCCCUCUGUGCUCUCAGGGAAGUUGGAUGUGGUUGGGCAUCACAUCUGUAGGAGUGCCCGAGAAGUUGGGUUGCGCGCAUUUGCCCCUGUCGCACAAGCAGAAGGAGCUGUGCGCGCGCAAACCGCACCUUCUACCGAGCGUUAAAGAGGGCGCGCGCCUGGGCAUCACCGAGUGCCAAACGCAGUUCAAACACGAACGCUGGAACUGCUCGACCCGACGGGACCCGAAAGUGUUCGGCUACGAGCUCACCAGUGGGACAAAAGAGACAGCAUUUAUCUACGCAGUAAUGGCUGCCGGGCUGGUUCACGCAGUCACUCGCUCUUGCAGCGCAGGAAAUAUGACAGAGUGUUCGUGUGAUACGAGCCUGUUGGGCACCGGUUCGCCAACAGAGGGCUGGCACUGGGGUGGGUGCUCUGAUGACAUCGCCUUCGGGACUUUGUUCAGCCGUCGCUUCAUCGACAAUACGGUAAAGAACACGUCAGCCCGUGGUGAGGACGCCCUGCUCACUAUGAAUCAGCAUAACAGCGAGGCUGGGAGACAGGCAGUGGCUAAAACAAUGUUGACAGACUGCCGCUGUCAUGGCGUGUCGGGUUCGUGUGCGGUAAAGACGUGUUGGCGCACAAUGGCCGCAUUUGAGCGUGUGGGUGCCUAUCUGAAGGAACGCUAUGAGACCAGCGUUCAGGUGGUGGACCGUUCCAAGCGUAAGGUGCGACGUAAGGACAAAGACCAACGCCACAUGCCUAUCACCAAAGAGGAGUUAAUAUUCCUCAACAAAUCGCCAAAUUAUUGCUUGGAGGACAGACGGUUGGGCGUGACUGGGACCAGGGGCCGCAGGUGUAACAGAACUUCAGCAGGGCCGGACGGCUGCAACCUGCUGUGCUGUGGGCGGGGCUACAACACGCAUGUGGUACGACAUGUAGAGCGCUGCGAGUGUAAGUUCGUCUGGUGCUGUUACGUUCGGUGUCGGCGCUGUGAGACGAUGAAUGACAUGCACACUUGCAAGUAGAGCAACUACUUGGGGAGGGUUGGAAAGAUCUCCUGAGACGAGACCUCAUGAGAGGAAGUGGACCAUACAAACAAGUAUGUUGACAAAAUAUCCAUGGCAACCAGCAAUCCACAGCGGAAACCAGGGAGAAAUGGUAUAAUCCCCUUUAACUACACAUGCGUAACUCUUCCCAUGGGCUUCAAAUGGGAAUCAAGCCAUUUUGUAUAUAAUGACUGUGGAAUAUAAUUGGAGCAUAAAGGGAAUACUGAACUGCAGAGAAAAGUGUAAAUAGAUGUUUUUUUGGGUUUUUUUUUUUUUUUUUUUUUGGAUUUAUAUUGAGGGCUCCUUCAGUUAAAGUAUUAGUUCACUUCAGAAUUCAAAUUUCCUGAAAUUUUUCUCACCCCCAUGUCAUCCAAGAUGUUUAUGUCUUUCUUUCUUCAGUCGAAAAGAAAUUAAGGUUUUUGAGGAAAACAUUCCAGGAUUUUUCUCCAUAUAGUGGACUUUAGUGGCUAACAAUGGGUUGGAGGUCCAAAUUGCAGUUUCAAUGCAGCUUCAAAGGGCUUUACAUGAUCCCAGAUGAGGAAUAAAGGUCAUUUUCUAAAAAAAAAAAAAAAAAAAUAUAUAUAUAUAUAUAAAUUAUCAGGAAAUUUGAAUUCUGAAGUGAACUAAUCCUUUAAUGAUGAUGAAUUAUAAUGGAAAUUAUGUAGAUAAUAUGCCAAGAUAUUUUUGAUAUGUAGGUUCCAAAUGAGAAUCCCUUAAAAGAUGUAUUCUGCAAUUUUAGCUUUGUUUUCUGCAUUUAAAUGUACAUAUUAAAUUAUGAACAAUGGACAUAUGCGAUUACGAUUACACCUCGUUUUUGACUCUGAAAAACUUAAUUAAAAUGAGUUUUUUAGAGACCGUGAACAUUCUUUUUGCUUGUGACUAUUGAUGUUUCUCUAUCUGCUCCUUCCAUCCUAAACAGAUAAACACAAAUAAUUCCCAAAAGUGUAGAUAACCGACUGCAGUUGCAGCUUUACCGAUUUACAAUUUUAAUGAAUAUUUCAAAUGACAAAUCAUGGUUGUUGACUUUCCAGUUCUUAUUUCUUGUGAAUGAUGUUUGUGUCUCAUUCGUUUCCUCUUAAGCUGUAAUCCCACACACACAUCUCUGAAAGAGUAGAUGCUUUGCUAGAAGUAACAGAGUUGUGCCAAAUACCAUGGCUGCAUUCUCUUAAAAGGCCCUUAAAUGCUAAUGCAAGUGGACCUUUUAUGUAGCCACAUUCCAAGCAACGGAACGGUGACAAUUUACAGCAGCACACGCAGGAUAUAUCAAAGAUCUUCUGUCCAGUGACAGAAGGAAAAGUUCCUGUGAGUUCUUGCACAUGCUGGCAAAUCUAUUAAAGUCAUUGGAAAAUCUC